CCUCCCUGUGUGUAGUAGAUGUGCUGAGCUGUUGUCAUCGCUUUACCCAUCGCUGUUGCCGCAGCCUCCCUGUUAGCCUCGUGCUAACGCUGAGCGGUGGAGUCUUCAGACAACAUGGAUUAAACUGACUAUGGCUGUUACUUUUCACAUGGCAGGACCGUGGAAAAGGGAUUUAUUUUAUGGUCACACGAGUGGACUACUACCACUACACCCGUGUCGUGGGCUUCUCCGAAGCAGCAGAGAAAGAACAGAGAAGGUGAGCAGUGACCAUGGAGGCUGUAUUUCAUUCUCUCCUCACCACAGCUGGGCAGCUGCCAUGUUUUCUCCUGACUCUGUUUGCACUGUGGACAGUCCUGUGUUCAGCAGACAUAAAGCAGACAAGAUGGCCAUUAUACUCCCAGAAGCCAGUUGUUCUUGCCUGGAAUGCCCCAACACAGGAGUGUGCUCCAUGGCAUCAUGUAACUUUGUCUCUGGACCAGUUUGACAUUGUGGCAUCCCCCAAUGAGGGCUUUGUGCGUCAGAAUCUCACCAUUUUCUAUAAGGAGCGCCUUGGCUUGUAUCCUUUUUAUGAGCGCGAUGGCACUGCAGUGAAUGGAGGCCUUCCACAGCUUGCCAGUCUCACUCAGCACCAUAAAAAGAUGCCUGGCGAUGUUCAGAAAUACAUACGUGAGCCACAGGCAAAAGGUUUGGCUGUUAUCGACUGGGAGGAGUGGCGCCCACUAUGGAUCCGAAAUUGGGACAUUAAAGAUGUCUAUCGUAAAAAGUCUUGUGAAAUGGUGGCCAAAAAGAAUCCUAAGUGGACCCAAGAACAAGUGGCAAGGGUUUCACAGCAGGAAUUUGAGCUAUCGGCUCGCAAAUUCAUGCUGGAAACUCUUAAACACGCCAAGAAUUUGAGGCCCAAUCAAUUGUGGGGAUUCUACCUCUUUCCAGAUUGUUACAACCACGACUACAAAAGUGGCCUGAAGAACUACACAGGCCGCUGCCCUCAUGUGGAGAUGGAACGCAAUGAUCAACUGAACUGGUUGUGGAUGGAAUGCACAGCAUUCUUCCCGUCUAUAUACAUUGGUUCUGCACUGCGCUCUUCAAAGUAUGGACGUCUCUUUGUCCGAAACAGGGUGAAGGAGGCAAUGCGCCUGGCGUCUGUUGGGGAUGGCUUAGCAAACCCUGUUUUUGUUUAUACCCGACCCACUUAUAUGAAUGAAAUGACACUCCUAAGUGAGAUGGAUCUGGUCUCUACCAUCGGCGAGAGUGUUGCUCUUGGAGCUGCAGGCGUGAUCUUCUGGGGGGACACAUCCUAUGGAAGCAACAGUGACAGCUGCUCCGUCCUAAAUAAGUACCUUCAGGGACCGCUGGGCCGGUACCUGCUCAAUGUGUCCACAGCAGCAGAGCAGUGCAGUCAAUUAAUGUGUAAAUCCCACGGCCGCUGUCUUCGCAAAGUAUCAGACAAGGAAGUGUACCUGCACCUCAGCCCCUCGACACAGAGCAUCACCAGUCAGGGUGGCCUGUUGAAGGUUACAGGAGUGCCUGGCCAAGCUGAGCUCACACUCUACCACACACACUUCCAGUGCCAAUGCUACCAUGGGUACAGGGGUGAGGCUUGUGCUCAGAAAGAAAGAGGGCAGAAUAGAGCCUCCUCUGUCUUCGGGACCUGGCCCCUUUGCUUUUUACUUCCACUAGGACUCCUCACUCUGCUACACUGAGGACUAUUAACUUCCUCUCUCAGUUUUGAAAAGGACAUUU